GGGGCCAAGUGACGCAGCCUGGUGAUGCAAGUACGGCGGCUGUGGAGUUCGGCCGGCUUGUGACUCUCGCCGAAGUCUCCUCAGGGAUGGAGUACGUAGACCAAUCGGCCCGCUUCUUAACGCCCUAUGUGGGGAGCGGCGGCCGGCUGCGGAGGCUGAUGCCCUGGGCGCUGCUGGGCCUUAUGCUGAGCGGAUCCUUCGUGAAGGAAUGGACUCCGCUACCCGAAUCCUACAUGAGCAACAAGCGCAACCUGCUCAACAUCUAUUUUGUCAAGUUCGCUUGGGCCUGGACACUCUUUCUGCUCUUGCCUUUUAUCAGCAUUACCAACUACAUUGUCACCCAAAAUGCUCUGUCCGUGGCUCAGCGUCUCAGUACUCUCCUGGUUGGCACUGCCAUCUGGUAUGUGUGCACAGGGCUGUUCCUUCACAUUGAAGAUGUCACAGGCGUCUGUUACAGUUCACCAGCACUCGACCUUCUGCACCAGGAGCAUUCUAGCAAACUUCUGUGCCGUCAAGCUGGUGGCUUCUGGCAUGGCUUCGACAUCUCGGGACACUGCUUUCUCCUCUCCUAUUGUACUCUGAUGAUCAUGGAGGAGAUAGCUGUGAUGCAGAGCAUGAAAACCUCCAAGGGGUUCAGACUGCGCAACGUGAUCAAUGGCUUAUUCCUGGCCUUAAGUUGUUUGACCCUGAUCUGGAUUUGGAUGUUUUUAACUACUGCCAUAUAUUUCCAUGACUUUUCUCAAAAGUUAUUUGGCACCUUUGUGGGCAUGUCUGCUUGGUAUGGAACAUAUAGAUUCUGGUACCUGAAACGUUUGUCUCCUGGACUUCCACCCCAAAGAACUGCUUUGAGUUCCCAAAAGUAUAACCGUAGCUUAUAGAAACAAUUUGUGGCUGAGAUUUCCAUUUCAAGAGUAUCCAUUAUUUAAUAAAUGAAUGUUAAAGGCUGUUAUUAACAAAUAUAUUUAAAGAAUGGAGUAAAAGACCAAAUAUUUUUUGUGCUUUAACAAAAAGCUGAUUUCUAGGUAACUGAUGGGAAAGUUGGUAGCCACCCUGUCCCUUUGGGGAGAGAGGGCGGGUUAAAAAUAAACAUUUAUUAUUAUUAUUAUUAUUAUUAUAAAAUCCUGUUGUUGGAACACUACUAGUUACAAGAUGAAUAGUUAACUUUUUGGCUAGCUUGUUGAAAACACUAAUUAUCAUAUAGGUAGUGGAAUCUAAAUUGCACUAACAUGGGGUGGGGAACUAUUUUAUACACUGACUGUAGACUAGCUUAUGAAAUAAACUAGUUUCAUUCAGUAAGAAAUAAUAAAAACUCAAAGGUUUUGCUGCAGAAAUAGUACCAGGGGAGGAGGGAGCCAAAUUUUCUGGUGAAGGAAGCUUCUCAGCUGAAGACCUAUCUAUACUGGCAAGUAUUUUGUAUCUGCUUAUCUUUGUUCAGUAGGAUUUGAGUCAAGGUAAAGCUUUUUGGAAAUUCUUUUGUUAGGCACCAAUGUGUCUAUCUAAGGAAUGGCUGCCAGAUGAGUCAAUAGUAAUUUUUGUCAUUUGUGUAUUAACAGAAUAUACAUUUAGACAUAAAACAGCUCUUCAAAUGUGGGGGCUUUUUGUAUAUCAGAAAUUUUCAGUCUUUUGCUAUUCGGCUAUUUUAUCACACCGCCACAAGUUGCCUUUCCAAAUCAUUUUCUUUCAACAAAGUGGCUUGCAUCACUCUUGCUAGAAUGUAUUUCUUCAUCUUAUUCAAAUGUCUCAAGUGUGUUGACAUGUUUGCAGGAGUAUAAUGCAUCUCACUGUUGCAACAUUAGCAAUCCUUGGAUUCUUGUAAAAUCCUGGCAUUGCUUGCAAAGUCAUGGCAUUUACUUUCUUUAUAAAUUAUCAUAAUUAAUUGCAUUCAGUUUUGCAGCAGUAGUGCUCUUUGAAUAACCUGAUAUAAAAUGCUUUAUUUGUAUUGAUCUUUAUUGCCAUCCUUUAGCAUGGAAAAGUCCAUAAAUAAUCUUUCUUUAUGUUCCCUUCCCCAUAACAAAUGACAGUAACUUAAAUUUGCAUGCACACUCCUGCUUUCACUACCUUCCCUAUUUUUUGUACUUUAUCUGUGUGAGACCUCUGCAUGGAAUAAGAAAUGCAAUCAUAUUUGAUUCUUUUUAAGACUCUAGCUUUAACAAAUGGUGCUGUUCUGUAUAUUUUGUCCAGAAGCCUAUGGUACGUAUUUCUGAGCUUCUAGUAUGUGUAGAAUCGAAAGGCACAAAGUUUGCAACUACUAUUCUAAUUUUAAAAAUAGUACUAUAAAAGUCAUGGACUCUGCUCCACAGUUUUCAAUAAGUUUGUCUAAAAACUGACAUCUUCAGUUCUAAAAGGGAUAAGGAUAUUUCAGUAACUUUCUCAAGUAUUAAAUUGGUAUAUUGUGUGUGACUUGUGGCAAGGUAACUAGUCUAAAUUCAAUUGUUAGUUUCAAUUAAAUCAGUUGAACAUACAUAAAUAUUGUUCUAACAAAUUCCCAUUGAUUCAGGGAGGCAAAAUUCAGAAUUAACCAUUGAAUUUAUCUCUCAGCAGCUCAUACAUUGACAGAUAUGCGACUUUACAUUUUGCCAUAGUCCUAAACAUAAUUAUAUGGAUGUUUCUUCCGAAGUGAUCCAGUGGAUGUAUGACAUAUACACCUGCUAAAUAGGAUUUUUAAGGCCAUAUUUGUCUCAUCUGUUCUGCUUGUCAAAUCAUCUAACUUGCUUUUUAAAUAAAGAGUGUAAACAUUACAGGUACGUUACACAUUUUGAUAGAACACAGCCACAAUGUUUAGUAUUCUCUGUGAUUAAGAUGGUUGUGCAAAUAUGGCUUUGUGCUAUGAACAGGGCUCGUUUACAUAGCCCAAUAUUUCUACAUGAAAGCCAUUCUCAUCCAUGUCCGUGUCCAUAAUCUGGGAACAAAGAACACCAGGCAUUUCAUUGGCCCAAAUGCCAGCUGUUAUGGCAGUAAGAUAAUGUGAUAGGCAGUGGGAAUCAUUGCAAGGGCCAAAUGAAAUUAUGGGUUUCUAAAAGUGACCAUCCCAGAUUGAUUAUGCAUCUGGGGAGAUGAAAGUAGAUUCUGCUUGCUUUAUAUGUUUGUAAAAUGUCUUGUAGAAUCAUCAAAUAAAAGGGUUUUUUAAAUCUGAAAUUUUUAGAAAUUAGACCUGAACAAGGUAUUUUGACAGUUUUUAUUACUGUGGCUGUACUGUCUACAGCCAGUUUGACCAGAUGACACAUAGUGGCCAUAGCCCUUUAUGUGCCAAGCUCUUUCUUGCCUUUUCCUUGUGUGAAUUAGGGAGGAUCACCCCAAGCAGCUUGUAGGUAGAGAAAAUAUGCUGAGUGAGGAUAUUAAGUGCUGAUCCUAAGUACUGAAUGUAUUUCCGUUUGCUGACAUCUAAUGGUAUUAUAAGCAGUAAGCCAAUAUAUGCUUGCUUUAAUAUUCAUUUUUAAUAUCCAUUUUGUGUUGUAUUUUUAAAAGGUUGCAUAAACAUCCCUUCAUUUAUUAAGCACAUUCAUUUUUAUGAAUGCUUAAUUGUUUUGAUUGUGUAUUAAAUAUUAUGAAACUAGUUGUGGAGUUUAGCUAUAUCUGAUGCAUCAACAUAGGUUAUCAGCUAAAUUCUUCCAUGAUGUUUUAUCUUUCAGGCAAUACAGGUAUCUGAUACAAUACUGCUUCAUGUCUGUUAUUUUGUCGCAUUCUCCAUGAUUGAACAAAUCAACUUUAAUUAAUAGCUGCAACAGUGAAUGCAACCAUCCAGCAAUCGUCCUUAUGUAUUACAAUCUAUACGUCAUGUCUUAUGGUAAUAUUCUUAUCAGAAUAUUUUGGAGGGGAAUCUCAUUUAUUUUAUUAGUAUUUCCUUCCAAGUAAAGUAUUAGAGGUAUAUAGAUUACACUUUAUAUGCAUUUUAUUCCUGCCAAAACGGCUUCUCGUUUCACAGUGUUAACAUUUAUUGUUUUUAAUGGAGAGCAAAUUAGCUGUCCUGCUGAAACUGGCCGUCUGCAUGAAGAUUUGGAAAUAGAAAUUAACUCCUUCUGCACACAUAGGGUUUUGAAGAAAAAUAAAGAAACUUGUAUUCAUACAUUGUUUUACUUUAGAGUGUCAGUCUUCAAACUGCUUUUCCAAAAUAGGAACUGAAUCCUAUUAUUGAAGUUACAUGUGGGUGGCUUGCCUUUGAAAACUAAUUAAAAGCUUCUGUUAUUUGA